AUGUCUUCCUAUAAUUGCACCGGGGGCGACAGCCACGAAAAUCAAGAUCGAUCGACAAAACGGUCAGCGUUGGACAAAGGCGAGUCACUGGGGACUCCUAGGCAAGCAAGCCUGCGGCGUCAGGGAAUGGUAAUUGUGGGACUCGGCGUUGGUGAGGUUCCAGAACACGUCAAGCUCGGUGGUUUCCGGCGCGUACGAGAUGCGCGCCAGGGCCCCGACGGCGUGCUCGACAGUGCGGGCAAGGCCGACGAGCGCGCAGACCUUAUCGCGCGGGUCGCUAGCCUUGAAGGCGCGGAACCUUUUGACAAUAGAGUAGUGCAGUGCGCCGUCAAGGCAGGCCAAUUUGUGAUUGUGAAGCUCCUGCUCGACAACGGCGCGGAUACCGACGAGGAAGACUCUGCGCAGGGCCUACCGCUUGCUCUCGCGGUUCCGGGAGCCCAGAAGGCCCUUGCGAGCCUGCUCAUCGAAGCCGGUGCCGACCUCAACAAGGCCACCGGGCAAGACAAGAACACGAUGCUCUCUCCCGCCAUUUCCAACAAGAACGAGUCCAUGGUGCGAUUUCUCAUCUACCCUGGUUCCUCGACACUGCUAGCCUUGGCUGUAGCUCAGGGGAACGAGGCUAUUGUCCACCUGCUCCUGGAGGCCGGUGUAGAAGGCCAGAUCCACACGCCUGCUAGGCCCUCGUCGAACGAGUCCCUCCCUCUCGCAGCUGCCAUCGAGGCUCGGAACGUGGGAAUAUCUCGUGCCCUGCUGCAGUUCGGCGCCGAUACUGGGAUGCGGUGCGGCCAGACCGAGGAGCCGGACUAG